AGUUUCCAAAAACUUUUGUCUUUGGUUAAUCUUUAUUUUAUUAGUAACGGUGGUCUGGUUUAGACAAACGCCGCUUGUAUCAUAAAUGUGCAGUCUACCUUGUCAUCAAGUCCCUAAAAUGUAUUGAAAUCACCUUUAACAUGCAGUUUACCCUAGAGAAACAUCCUGGACAAAGUCCAGUGCUGAGUCAAGAAGAAAAUCGCCAAUUUACAGAUCUAAACCACCAUUUGUAUGCCUCCGACGAUGAGAAUCAGAUUGAAGAGAACAGCCUAAUGGAAUUGACGUUGAACUUGGAACGUGAACGCGAAACAUAUUUAGAAGCCGUAGCAGUCCUACAUGACCAGUUGAGAGAGUCUCAUGAACACUGCAGACAUCUGGUCGAUUCACACGCCGAAUUAACCAAAGAACUGGAGUUAGAAGCUGAUGAUGGAUGGAAAGAGGCGAGGAAGUGGCAAGAAAAGUAUAAAGAGUCCUGUAGGAUAAUUAAAGCUGCAGGACUCUCAACGGAUUACAUGUGCAAUCUCUCGUCCAUAAGCACCAACGAAUACUCGCUGGAUGAAACAAAUGGUAUAGACAAACAUACAAUGGAUACUGGCACAGAACGAUACACUGGAGAGCUGAAGGACGGUAUAUGGGUCUAUACCCUCUCUGACAAUUUUGAAGAUUAUGACCUCGAAAACUAUCGACAAAAGGGUGGACUUAAUAAACAACAAAAUGGUUGGAUCAAUCUCAAGAGUCCACGCAGGUUUACAUCUAUAGUAUGCUCACAACACUCACGUACAAGAAAUGCAGAACCACUUGACAUCACACUAAAGUUACUCAGUGCAAUUGAUUUUUAGU